CAUUUUAGAAUUUGUGUAAUUUCAAUUCUUCAAGAGUCAACACAGUCCCUCUUUUUAAGUUCAUGAGCUUUGACAGAAAAAUAAAAGACAAAGAAAAACAAAUUAAUGGUCUUUUGUUGGAGCGCUCUACCAUACUCUGGAAGUGUCGAAGUAUUUGGGUUGGGUUGGGUUGCUGAUUUCCGUCAUUACCAACGUCAGAUUAUCCCCUAGAAGUGAUUGAUCAAUGGAUAUAAUAUCACAGUUGCAAGAACAAGUUAACUUGAUUGCAUCUCUUGCUUUUAAUACUUUUGGUACUCUUCAACGAGAUGCUCCUCCUGUUCGCCUUUCCCCCAAUUAUCCUGAACCUCCUCCUAACCCUAAUUCUAAUUCUAAUUCCAAUCCUAACCCUAAUCCUAACUCUGAUGCUAGUGCUAAUGCUAAUGCUAAUGCUAAUUCAAAUGCAAAUCCUAAUCCAAAUGCUAAUCCUAAUGUUUCCCAACAACAGUCUGAUACUUCCAACAAUUUUGCUGAUGAACCCAAAACCGCUAGUGCUGCUCUUGUAAAGGCUGCUAAGCAGUUUGAUGCUUUAGUUAAUGCCCUACCAUUGGAUGAGGGAGGUGAGGAAGCCCAAUUGAAAAGAAUAGCUGAGCUUCAGGCAGAAAAUGAUGCAAUAGGCCAAGAAUUUCAGAGGCAAUUGGAAGCUGCUGAUAAAGAGUUAAAGCAAGUCCAGGAAUUGUUCAGCCAAGCAUCAGAUAAUUGCUUAAAUAUGAAGAGACCAUAUUGAUGAGUUAUUUGCUGAUGAUGACCAUGAUUGUUCUUCUGGAGUUUUACUCAAACUAGUCAAUCUUGAAGUAUGCUCAACGUAGCCUUUUUCUCAACAAGAUUCUGUUGUCUUUGUAUAGUCCAUUGGCUGUCCUGGAAUCGGCACAGUUAGUUCAAUGUUGUAGAAUGAACUAUAGCAAUAGACAGUAUAGUUUUAUUUUGAAUUCUAUCGUCGUUAAUCUGACUUAUAGUUGGAAGUUGAAAUAGUUGAUCUCUUUGGUUGUGCAAUUAGCAACUCGAAGUACAAGUGAUUGCUGCUGUGCAACUCGUAGAACCAUUGGCAAUUUGGUAUUUAGAUGCCGAUGAUGCUUAUCAUGUUUUAACUUCCAGUUGGAUUCACUAGUUUUCUGCAAAAAACAAUUCAUUUAGAUGUUUAUGUUAACAACACUUGCUGCAGCGCAAUCAGUUCUUUCACACAUAAAGUGCAAAAAUGUAUCUUGCGAGGUUAAAGAUUUGGAUUUACUAGAUGAAAAAAUUCAUGAUUCUUUAAAAGGUUGCUAUUUAAAGGAAAGAUAUAUAUGUUGCUAAACAUUCAACUCUGCCUUUGCUUUUUAAUAACUUGAUUAAGAAAUGUUUUAAUGCCUUCAAAAUUCGAGCAGCCAAGGAAUACAUGAUCGCCAACGGAAUCAGCUUGAAUCAUACAUUCUAUAAUAUCUAAGAGAACACCAUAAAUUUCAAAAUUAAAGUGCGUCUAAAACCUCACAAAAAGCAGGCAAAACUUUCUACAGCCAUAUAAAUUCCUAUUUUAAGAAAUUUAACCUAAUAAGGGCUGAACUAAAGCAAAUCUACAUAAAGAAUCUCCAAGCAAAGCAAAUGAAACUAAUCUGACCAACAAAAUCUAUUAUACUACAUUUGGGAAUCUCUAGGUUGACCAAAAGUCGAAAAGGUUUGAGGCUCCAUGUAGAAUCAUGCUGCACCAAGGCAAACACCUCUCCUGUCAUCGUAGGUGGAUGAAUCACUGCAGCAAACAAUGCUGAACAGUUGCGAAAUUAAAAUAUCAUAACAUCAACUAACCCGUUGCAGUUGUACUGGCAUCUGAGCCAGCUAAGGCAUUGCGUACCCACCAUAUCCCAAAUAACCACCGUAAUACAUGUUAGGAUCCUGAAGAGCAGACACAUAUCCAUAUGAGUUAUAUCCUUGAGGAUAUCCAUAAUAAGCAGCAUGGUCCCACUGGUUCAGAUUAGGUUGUGACUGCAAAAUAAAGCACCCAAAUGAAACGUUCAGUAAGAAACCCCGAAGAAAUUCUAAAUCCCUACAGAAAUGUCAACAAAGAUUUACUUGUUUAUUGUUAGGGCCAUGGCCCCAAGAAAGUCUAAGAUUUCGCCUGCCCAACUGCACUCCAUUCAAUGCCUGUAAGGCCACCUCAGCGCUAAUCCUACCGAAACAUCAACAACAAAAAAUAAAUUUAAGUUUUGCACACAUGUGUGACUUGAAAAAAUUUUCAGUAUAUAACACCAACGAUGGGUCACAAAACCAUGCAGACCUGUUGGUAAAUUGCACAAAUCCACAAUUCUUGCUCACUGGUAUUUUUACGUGAACCACUUCCCCAUAAAGACGGAAUGCUCGUCCCAAAUCUUCUUCAGUCGCAUUGGGACCCAAAUUACCAACAAAAAUCUGGACAGAGUUGUCAAGUUAUGGCAUCAUCAGAUAAAAAGCAAAAAAACGAGUUCAUUCGGAAUCCAAAUCACCCACAGUUGUGUUAUUAGGAUCACUAUCAUUUGAAAUUCCCCGAGUAUUCUGGUAUGAAGCUGCAUUCAAGAUUGAAAAAAUAAAGAUAAGGCAACAAAAAUCUAACAGAACUGACAAAUUAAGACUAGUGUUCCUUCACAAGAUGAUGCAACUGUACAUCCUAAACAUUCUUGAAUGCAGAAAUAUAAUCAGAAAAACAAAUACAAACAGCCACAAGGCCUAUAAUUAUAGUCUGAAGGUAAAAAGUGCACAUAAAACUAGGUCUAAAUAAUGUUGCAAUACAGCUCAGCAAAACCCCUAAUCAUCAGUAAAAAAAACUCAAAAAAUACUCGAGCAAAUUAGCACAGAACAAGAGCAUAUACCCCUGAAAUCUACAAUACAAUAGUUUACAUAGAUAUUAUUAUCACAAUCAGAUACCUAUCUCAAAAAAUCAAAAAAAGUCAACACACAAUGGGGGUGUUUGGCUAGCUGUUGUUAGCUUAUAAUUGGUAGCUAGUUGGAGUGAUUGAUUUGACUUGUUGAUUUUAUCAACCGGUAAAAUCAACUAAUUUCGAAGACACUGCUAGGAACGCUGUUAGCUUAUAGCUAGAAGCAGCUUGUUCAAAAAAAGUUAAUUCAUAACAAGAUGUUUCAACCAACUAAUUUACCAAACACUUUGAUUAGAUGGUUUGGAUACUGAACCAUCUAAAUGCACCAAAUAAGAUAAAGCUGCCCAAUAAUUUAUUCAACCAAACACCCCAAUUAUGUCAGCGCAUCCAUCUAGCAUUCAGCAAUUGUUGAGUAGAGACCCCUUUCUCCGAAAACUUGGAAAAGAACAUUUUAUUUUUUCUCAUCAUCCAAAAAAGAUGAAGGAUCUAGAACCCAGAUUCACAUCACAAGCACAAUUAAAUGAGUUCACAUACAACAACCAAGUUACAGACAACCAUAUCAACAUAAGGUUUAACAAAUUUGCACGAGACAAAAAGUCGUAGCCUCAAUAAUUCCACCAAAUGAUAACCAAGGUACAUCUCACACCUACUAAAGAAAGCAUGUGAACAUCUCCCACUAUCCCUAUGAAUUUGCUCCACUUGCAAUGAUUAAAUGUCCCUUUGAUUUUUCCCAUUUACAACAUUAAACAUACCCACAUCUCUCCUCCAACAUGCUCUAGCGCCAACAUAAUGCCUUAUCUCUAAAAAAAUUGGUCAGGGACAAAAAUCAAAGGGACACAAGGAACAUAAAUGAGCAGUUAGCCAAAAUUUUCUAACUUCAAAACUAUUAUUAAUGAGCACACAAAAAAAAAAAAAAACAAGGGAUUAUAGCUAAAAAAUUAUAGAAAACACCUCAAUAUCAAAGUGAUCAAACAAGCUAAGUGCUGAUGCAACCCGUCCAUUUUACUGCUAAUAUGAUGAAUAGAGUGCAAGAUAUAACUCACUCGUAUUUCUUAAUUGUAAGGUAAGAAAGAGUCAAGAACUCAACAGCGUAGAAAA